AGGUGGGUCUAAUGUUGCUUUCAAUGACGUAGAGAGAUGCCGCAGCUUGGCAAAAAAGAGGUCGUGGGCCUGUCUAGCUAAAGGAAAGCAUUUAAGGGAAGCGAAGUAUCUCUUUACAGUCCUCCAGAACUCGCGUUUGACAAAUGUGGGUGCGUUUUCGUCGCCCCGAAAAGCGCGCCUUCAUCGCACAUGCCCCACUUGCAAAUUAUGGCUGCAGAUGUAAACGGGCCUCACUGCCCUUGUUCAGCUACUCGGUAGAGCGCCGACUCAUCGCAUGCAUUGCUCACUGACCCUUUAUUAAAGACUCUCUCUUCGCCCCUCUCUUCGCCCCUCUCUUUCAGGCUUCGAACGCACACAGAAUUUUUUAGGUCCACAUUCACCAUGAAGCUCCCGUUUUUCUCUUUGACCUUGCUCUUCUUCGAGCUCGCGGGACGGGUCACGGCGACAAGGUCGUCGUCAGCGAGGAACGUUCCACAAGCAAACAUCGCUGCGAGCAACGCAUGUCAAGGAUACGACGACCUGACGACGUCUGCGUUCUCCCAAGACGCCUCGAAGACUCACUGUGAAGCCCUGUCUGCCUUGCAAGAUGCUAAAGCGGCUUACGUCGGGAGCAGGAUGGGUGGCACCACGGAGUCUCAAGUCGAGCAAGGAAGCAAUGCCCGUGUCGACAACGAAGGGCUUGACCACACCGAUCGGCUGGGUCAAGCUCACUCCAUUCGUUUCGACCCAUUUGCGCCACUCGUUCAAGACAACGACCUACCCGACACUCUGAAGUUCCUGCUGAAUGGGCCAGAUCCUCACGAAAAGUCUGGGCAUGCUCCACCCUCCGCCCCGCCACCUUCCCAGCUCGAUGAUAGUCUCCAAGGGAUGCUGCUUAGACAUCUCUAGUCCAAGCUAAAGCUUCGUACGCCCACUUUGAGGGCAAGAGUGGCCCUCAAAGAUUCAGUAAUUUCCCAACAUGAGUUUUGACUUCUUCCCUAUCGCUUUUUUUUAUCCUAGGUGCGCCUCCCCAGCUAUCCCGGUUCAUCUUCGAGAAUUGAGCAUCCAUAGCUCGCUGUUCUGUUCAAGUAGACUGAAGCGAUAGACUGUCAUG